AUGUUCUCGAAAUAUAUCAGCCACAAAAACACUUGUGACAGAGUUGGGAUUUAUACCUCACCCAAGAAGUCAGUUGUCCCAACACAAAUUCUUGUGUUUCUUGGGUUUAUACUUAACUCAAUCAACAUGACAGUCUCCCCAACACAGGAGAAAAUAGACAAGACAGUGGCCGCUUGCAAACUAUUGUUAGCUAAAGCUGCAACUACAAUACAACAGGUUGGAGAAGUAAUUGGUCUAUUAGUCUCCAAUUUCCCUGGAGUGGAGUAUGGGCCUUUGCAUUAUCGAGAACUUGAAAUGGCUAAAUCUGCAGCAUUAACAUUAGCUUGUGGGGUCUAUGGCGCUAAAAUGACAUUAACUGAUAGGUGCGAGCAUGAAUUGAAAUGGUGGAUUACAAAUCUACCAAAUUCCACUCAUAAGAUUAUUCAUGGUAAACCAUUUGCUAUCAUUCAAUCUGAUGCUUCUACACAAGGAUGGGGGGCAGUCCGAGAGGGUACCUCUACAGGGGGUAGAUGGAGUACCAUUGAACAACAGGCACACAUCAAUGUGCUAGAACUCAAGGCAGCCUUUUUUGCCUUGAAAUCACUCUGUGUCAAUGACAGAGAUGGGCACAUUCAUUUGCAGCUUGAUAAUACAACUGCAGUUGCUUAUCUUAACAAAAUGGGGGGGACACAAUCUAGACCUCUCAACCAGUUAGCAGUUGAAAUCUGGCAGUGGUGCAUUGAAAGGAACAUUUGGAUCUCUGCAACUCAUAUAGCUGGCAAGGUUAAUGGUGAGGCAGAUAGAAUGUCUCGAGUAUUUCAUGAUAAGAAUGAGUGGAAGUUAAAUAAGCAAACAUUUCAAAACAUCUUAACAAAAUUUCCCAGCCUGGAAGUUGACUUGUUUGCAAGCCGA